CUGGAUAGAGACAGAACCACCGAUCCCACGGGGACGUCCGUGGUGUUGUCCAGGUUUGACGAAAGUCCUUUCCAUUCAAACAUUUGAACUGGGAACUGAGCCCGUUUCACAACAUGAACUAUCCUGGGACAGUUCUUUCCUCACAUCCUCCUCUCCAUCAGACUCUAGCCCCUCCCAUGGAUUUCGCAGCAUAUGGCGGCUCCCUUCCUGGUCCAGAUAAAACGCUAGAGCAAGCACAUCAGGAAAACCUCAUAAAGUAUCGCAAACUGAAAGCUAGAUACAUGGAGAUGGAGAUAAAAUGGAAGGAAACAUCGAUCCAAUUGGACAUGUCGCAGCAGCAGAGCGCCCGCCUGAAGGAUGAGAGAACCGCUUUACUUGAUCGAAUCGCAGAACUUGAGGCCUUAGUCUCGCAAAUGAACGGUGGUGCUCCAAUGUCUUCUAGCGCCUUCCCUCGAGGGUUUCAAUAUGCACGCCCAUUGUACAUCAAUGGUUCUACUCCUCCUGAUCUCACCAGCCUAGCCAAAGUGUUGGAGGAGGAUGACACAGAUGAAGAUCCACGCAAAACAUCUCGAUUUGCGAACGAACGGCUGCGGCGUAGAGAUGAGGAAGGGGGAGAGAUAAGGAAGGUGGAAGAAGAAAGGCCUAAACGGGCUUCGAAACGUCCACGCGUACAAAAGGGCGCAUCUUCUGCUCCACCUCCAAACCAAUCCGGUGCAUCUUCCGCUAACUAUGGUAGUUACGAUUCGGGCUUGCAGGAGGAGCAAGACUUUUAUCAUCAUCAACCCCCACCUCAUCCUGGAACUGGUACCAUUACUUUCUCGAGUCAGAACCACAGUUAGCCCGCUGCCUGAUGCCUUGAUAUGGUCCGUUCCGCGUCGUCUUGUUUCACAUUCUGCGCCUUGGUUUAGGACCCCCACGCAUCCAUUCGUUCACCACUGGUCCUGCAUACAGCUUGUUUUCUUCACUCCCCUCCGCCACUUGUCGCCACCCAAAACUCGUAUCAAGCUUUGGAUGGGUACGACUCACCACCUAAAGGUGUGGCGCAUAUUACUUUAAAUGUCAUCCGUCAGCAACGUUUUAGUCCUCAAGGAGGAUGUUGUCUGACAAAGUCAUCUUGCCUCAGCAAAGGACUGCGGUAUCACGCGAGAUCCAUGCUAACCUGCAGCAGUAUAUGGGGCAUACAUCCAUUGAUAUAGUGUAGACACAUGAACAAGAUACGGUUAAAUUUUGUGAAAUACUCCUUGCUAAUCAAAGCCUGUUUCGAUUGUUG